AUGAAGGCGGAGAAGGCAGCGGUGGCCCCGGCCGGCGCAGGCGCAGGCGUCGGCGGAGGCGGAGGCGGCGACGAAUGGAGGUGCCGGAAGCACCCUGCCGCGAGAUCCGGCGGCGGGGUGUGCCCGUACUGCCUCCGGGACCGCCUCCUCCGGCUCUGCCCCAACUGCGCGCACGUGCGGCCGUGCGCCUGCGCCGCGUCCCCGUCGUCCUCCUCCUCGGCCUCCGGCGACGCGGUCGGCCGCGUCCACAGCCUCAUCGAGCGGGAGCACCGGAUCGCGCGCUCCAGGUCCGUGGCCACGGGCUCCUCCGCCGCGUUCGCCGCCCGCUCCGUGGCGCCCGCCGCCUCCGGGGCCGGCGGGAGGCGGAAGGCGCGGGUCUGGGGGUGGCCGCCGUUCUGGAAGGCCGCGGCGCGGGAGGGGGGCGCGGAGCUGGAGCUGGAGCUGGAGGAGGAGGACGAGGACGAGGGGCUGGGGCUGCCGCGCUCCAGCUCCGUGUCCGCCACGGCGGUGGAGGCGAAGACCGCAGCCGCGGCAGCGCGGGCGCGGUGGGGGUGGCACUUCCCGAGCCCACUCAAGGCGUUCCGGCACCGCAGGUCGUCGGCGAGCGUGGCGGGGCGGACGUGA